AUGGCCUCAGAGUACAAGGAGAAAGAUGCCAUCGAUGAAGAAAACCCCGGCGCCGAACACAAGGACUUCGCUUCGGGAGAUGGCAUCUCUCCAGCUUCACACAGCCCUACUCGCCGGGCUCCGAACGACAUGGCUCCUGUAACGCACAAGAUGACCACGCAUGGGCAUUUAGAGCUCGUGCCUCAGCCCAGCGACGACCCGAGAGAUCCGUUGAAUUGGUCGCCGGUGAAGAAAUGGACAUUGUUCGCCAUUUGUGUCUAUGGCAUGUUCUGCGGGAUUGCUACGGCCGUGGCGAAUGUGCUGGCGACGCCGCAGCAAGCUGAAGAUUGGCAGGUUACGCCUACUGAGGCGGCGUAUUCGGUCUCGUGCGUCUUAGGCGGCAUCAUCCUCGGCCCUGUCCUCCUCGUCCCGCUGGUGAGAUGUGUGGGUGUCAUGAGCUGCUGUUUCUGGUCCACCCUUGCCGUACUCGUAACGUCCAUCUGGUCGGCCGUCAGCACAGGACCGAGUGGAUACGGUUCCUUUCUCGCCUCUCGCUUCGUCGCCGGCCUCUUCUGCGCGACAGUCCAAGUCUUCACGGGCGGCAUCAUCGCCAAUCUCUUCUUCGUCCACCAGCGAGGCAAGGCUUAUGCCAUUUACUCGUCCAUGUACAUGAUCGCCCAGGUGGGCGGUCCGACGUUCUCUGGCUACAUUGUGCAGUACGUCAACUGGCCGAUAUGUUUCUGGUGGACGGUCGCUGGGAAUGGACUGGCAGCCGUCCUGUUCUUCCUCUUCGGAGAAGAUACUGGAUGGGAUCGAUCUAACCAACAACCGAUGAAUCGGAAGCCGCUCCCUCAAGGUUGGUGGGCUCGCCGCAUGGCACUCUUCUUCUUCGGCACCAAAGUCGCUCCACCAAACCGCAGGUCCAACAUCACUCGCUCGUUGAAAGCGACAUUUGCCAUCGGUCUCUCCCCAGUCACCGUCCUGGCUGGACUCUACGGCCUGAUCUUCCAAGGCUGGUUCAUCAUGGUCGGCGUGCAAAUUCCCCUCAUCCUCGCCGAACCACCCUCGCAAGGCGGCUACGCCUUCUCUCCACUAGGUGUCUCAAACUUCUACUUCUCGGCCUGGAUCGGCGCCCUCGCCGGCGUAACCUACGGCAUCCUCGUCAACGACCGCAUCCCCCAACUCCUACAGAAACGCAACCACGGCGUCUGGCACGUCGAGUCCCGUCUCCACUCGGCCUGGUUCCCAUCUCUCAUCGUCGGUCCCCUCGGAUGCGGCCUCUUCGGCGCGGCCCUGUACUACCACUGGCACUACCUAAUCCUCGCGCUCGCCGAGGUUUUCAUCGUCUUCGCCGCCGUGGCUGCCGUGCCGCCGCAGACGAACUACAUCAUCGAGAUCUGGAAAGCCUACCCUCAGGAAGUUUCGACGGCGUUGAACGUGUGGAGGAUUUCGUUUUCCAUUGCGGUGCAGUUCUUUUACGCGGGCUGGGUGGCGAAAGUUGGGGUGCAGUGGGUGUGGGCGACGGCUGCGUUUGUGGAGCUGUUUGGGGUGGGGUUGAUUGUUGUGUUGAUGGUUUGGGGGCCGAUGCUGAGGAAGUAUAGUUUGUGGGAGGAUAGUAUUAAGGAGGAGCCUGAGAGGAAGGAGAAUGGAGGUGGGGAGAAGGCGUGA